AUGAGGCCACCAGUGCUUUCGAAUAUACGUCAAACACGUUUAAAUAUCUCUAAACUAUCAACCCUUGCAAUAAAUUUCUGUCUAUCUAUCUAUCUAUCUAUCUAUCUAUCUAUCUAUCUAUCUAUCUAUCUCAUUCUAUCUAUCUAUCUAUCUAUCUAUCUAUCUAUCUAUCGCAUUCUAACAGAUCUAUCUAUCUAUCUAUCUAUCUAUCUAUCUAUCUAUCUCAUUCGUCUGCUGGUAUUGCCGUAUCUAUCUAUCUAUCUAUCUAUCUAUCUAUCUAUCUAUCUAUCUAUCUAUCUAUCACAGACUAUUCAAAUAUAUGCUUGUAUGUAUCUAUCUAUCUACCCCAGUCUGUUCGUAAUUAUAUCAGAAAAUUUUCUAUCUAUCUAUCUAUCUAUCUAUCUAUCUAUCUAUCUAUCUAUCUAUCACAGACUUCAUCUGAAAUCUAUCUACCUUAGUUUCUAUCUAUCUAUCUAUCUAUCUAUCUAUCUAUCUAUCUUUUCAUAUCUAACUCAUCUCAAAUCUAUCUACCUUAGUUCCUAUCUAUCUAUCUAUCUAUCUAUCUAUCUAUCUAUCUAUCUAUCUAUCUAUCUGUCUGUCUUUUCAUAUCUAACUCAUCUCAAAUCUAUCUACCUUAGUUUUCUAUCUAUCUAUCUAUCUAUCUAUCUAUCUAUCUGUCUUUUCUUUCUAUCUAUCUAUCUAUCUAUCUAUCUAUCUAUCUAUCUGUCUGUCUGUCUGUCUGUCUUUUCAUAUCUAAGUCAUCUCAAAUCUAUCUACCUUAGUUUCUAUCUAUCUAUCUAUCUAUCUAUCUAUCUAUCUAUCUAUCUAUCUAUCCGAACACCGGGGGAAAAGUGUUCGAUUGUCGAUAUUAAGGGAAUUUCUGACAGCCCGCAUCUAUCUAUCUAUCUAUCUAUCUAUCUAUCUAUCUAUCUAUCUAUCACAGUCCCUUCACAUCUAUCUAUCUAUCUAUCUAUCUAUCUGUGCGUGGCCGAAUCGGAUUGUUUUACUAUCCUCACAAACCCCGAUAAGAGGGAAUUAAACAAUCUAUCUAUCUAUCUAUCUAUCUAUCUAUCUAUCUAUCUAUCUAUCUAUCUAUCUAGUGGAGGUAAACAUCUAUCUAUCUAUCUAUCUAUCUAUCUGUGCAUGGCCGAACGGUUAGACCCGGGUUCGAAUUGA